UACUAUUUCCCUUCCUGAUCAAGUAAGAAUAUUCACAUACUACAAAAAAGUUAUUAUAUUAAAAGCUCCUAAUAAUAAUAGCGACAAUUCACAGCGCUUCAUUUCCCGAAUUUAUAUUGUUCCCAGUUUAAAGUGGUUUUUAUGAUAGGUCCAUUGUGUCGAAGUUGAUGAAGGGGAUAAUGGAGUAAAUUCCUAGCCAUAAAUAAGAAAGUGGUCGGUUUCUUGCAGGGGCGUACUUUGUUAUUCAACUCAUAUUGUCCGUCGUGGGGUAAUAAUGAGGUGAUAAUGUUUAUUAUCUUGUCAUAAAAACCACUUUAAUCUGGAAGAACUGUACCUUAUCUCCGUUUUGCUCCGCCGACAUUUGCUGGGCAGAUAAAAAUGUCACUUGUCAAUUAGAAAGAAAAAUAAUAAUAAUAAUAAAAUUGAUUUAUUUGAAUAUGUUUGCAAUCAACAGUCUAAAAUAAAUAAUUUAGAUGAUUCUACAAAAUAAUUCGCAAUCACAUACUUAUUGCGUUUCAAAGAUAAGUAAUCUCGAGGUUUAACUCAGUGUGUAUGCAACGGGCAUGUUUUAAUCAAUCUCGGACGCACAUUCUACAUUUUAAUCCUUUCUUAAAUUAAUCGACGAUUAAAUAUUUAAUUCGCUUUCUAGAAACCGGCCCUAAUAACUGUUUUUAUAUUAAAAAAUCCUCUCACUACAGUUCAUUGUCAACCAGUUUACAAUGCAAAAAUGGGUCGUGCUGUCUUGCUGUUCUUGAUUAUCGCAUCCCUACUUUUUGUGGAGCCCGUUUCCGUGUUACCCGUUUUCGAACUCUAUACAAAGACAACUACUGGAAUCACAGAGACUUUAUUCGCGACGUUUGAGCACGUAAGCGAUGUUGCAAACAAGGAAAAACUUGUAUGUUCGAGUUUGGAUACCAUCACAGUCCAGAUUGGAAACAUCAGCCAGCGAAUUAUUCAAAGCGAACAAAUAAAUGUUAUUGCAAGGAUGUUACAAAAUCUACCGAGUGCACAUCAGUUAAAGUUAAAGUUAAAUGAUAUCCUCAUGAAGCAAAUCACCCUUAAUGUUUAUUAUAGAGAGAUGGAAAGAUAUCUCAGACACAUCGAUAAGUAUGAAAAUUCAGCUCUGAUUAAUUUUGCUGAAGGUGUAGUGUCUGGUGAUUCUAACUCGAUCCCGUUUUUAAUGGAAUCGGUAUAUCAACAAGUCACAGUUCCGGGUUUCUUUGAUGAUUUUUUGGAAGGUUUUGACGUCACUGUCGGCGAUUCUGUUUGCAAAGGAAAACAAUCUACUGCCCAGAUAAUACACAGUUUUAUGAAUGAGCUACUCAUAAUAAAUUUGAAAGGUUACAUAGUCACAUAUACAUCUUACAUGAUCAAAAAAUUAUGCAAAAUUGGUGAUUUUAAUAUGGAGUUACAGGAUCUUAGGGAAGAAUUUCAAAGAAGAACCAACAAUUUAGUGGCAACUAUUAAGCCUUACAUGGAAAGAGCUUCAUCGGCACUGUGGAGGUGUGAUCCGCAAAAUCAUGUUAAAGACGAAACUUACAUCGAGGUCACAAAUUUCCUCCACGGAAUCAUUUUAAACAAAGUAAAUUUAGAUCCAAACGAAAGAUGCAGUGAGGAAUGCGACGUUUUUACUUAUACAACAAAGUAUCAGUGUCAUGAUAAUAAGUGGUGUAAGCAUCAAACAACCUGCCCAAAAAUCAUCAAUUGUCUCUACAUCGAUUCCUCGAUGGAGGUUUGUCGUUCCGAAGGCAUGUUUAAAACCAACAGAAGAUACGAUUACGUCAAAUUCGGAAACGGAAGACAUUUUGGAAAAAGAAAGAGUUGCAGCAGAUCUAGAACAACUGGCUUGGAAACUUACCGAAACUGGUUGGUCUAUAAAUGCUCCUAUUGUUACUGUCUAUGUGAAGAAGGACCACCAUUCUUUUCAGAAAGGUACAUCAACAUGCGUUUGACUGAGUCAAAUAAAACCGACAAUAAAGUUAUGACGGGUUUGCGCUUUGUCAAAAACCGCCAAGUCAUUCAUUUGCAAAUACAAGAAGGCACACUUCUUCCGUAUGGACAGAUUGAUCUUGACACCCUUCGGUGGGUCCCUGUUGAAGAUUAUAAAGUCACUAAUAGCUCUUACCAUCCUGGUAAAGACUACUAUACCCUUAAGUGGGAGGAAAGAGAUUUCGAUUUAGCCGACAUUAUGGUUAAAGAAGGAAGUAUCGUGACAGGAGUUGCGUUUCGGAAAGUCGGUACGCGUCUACAUUUGCAGGUUCAAGCAACUCCGUUCAAUUUCACAUCAGGUAAACUUAGAAACGGGUUUAGUGUUUUAGAAGAUGAUCCUGAUAUUCGUCGUAAACACAAAUUUGCAAAACAAUUAAUACUUGAUAGGGUCGAUAUACCUAUUCGCUCUGAUUUACCUUCGGAUAAGUUUACAACGAAUAAAUAUGUAAAGUUUGCGAAUACUGAUUACGACAAAGAUGCUGGUCAAACGACGAUACCGUUCUUUGAUGCUCAACCUUUAGAAUCAGCAAUACCUGUACCGUUGGUAGGAGUUGGAGUUUUUCAUAAGGGAACAUCGGGGUUUGGAGGAUUUAUUACACCCAGAAUUUUCACCUACAAUUUCACGAAACAUUUAGGACCCGUUUUUUCUCCAGACAAAAACGGACGGUUACGUGUUAGUUGAUUCUGAUGUACAAUACUGGAUAAAACUAAUAAAAUAAAAAAUAUUU